CGAGCAGACAGGACGGACUCCAGUUUUUCCUUCACUCAAAACAGCGCGCUGUCAAAAAUAAGGUCGCCAGAGCACAGACCCCGGGAGAAGAGGAGCCCCGGAGCAGUGUCAAGGUAGGUGACUGGGUGCGAGUGAAAGUCCACAAGAGAAAGUGGACCGAGCCCAGGUGGCUUGGACCGUAUGAAGUGAGGGAGGUUACCUCACACUCUGUCCAAGUAAAAGGCCGGGCAGGAGCUGCUUGGCACCACCUGACACAUUGUGCCCCAGCACCUACACCUUCCCGUGAUUUGAGGGAAGUUAGAGCUGAUUUGAUCAACAAUGCCGCUCCCAUUCAAACUUAGGCAAUCAGGCCAAGGGAGUGAACCCAGACAAAAAUACUACUAUGGAUGCACAUGGAAGGUCUGGGUAGGUAUGCUAAUAUCUACAGCCAUACUCGUUAUGUUGUUAUUUUGGUUCAUAGAUACCAAAUAUGACAGAGGAAGGUUCAGGUGACUAGAACAAAGGGACAGAUCACAUUGUCAUUUAUUAGGGGAUACACAAGCACAGCCCUAUUAGACCUAUGCGACAUAGUGCCAUGCACCACCAAAGACAGAAGAGAGGAAGUUAUAUACAGUACAUAUGCGUCAUGACCAACUCAGACAAGUGGUGUAGCAGUUGGAAGUGUGCCAUAGCUAACACAGGCUCAGAUUGGGGAAAUGUGGGAUGUGAACCAUAUGAUACAAUGCACCUUACGAUAACACAUAGGGACCUGAAAUCCAGACUGAGUGUAGGUAGAAAGCAGGAAGGACGAUGCCAGGAACAGAAAUGUAAUCCUAUAUAUGUGAUGUUGAAGGAUCCAAAACCAGAGGAUGCAGGGACUUAUGUUAUGGGAUUGUAUGCUGAAGGGAAAGAUCCAUUAGGACAGUUCAUCAUUCGAGUCACAGACCCAUGGAGUAAUAAUACACCGUCCACAUCCAUUACUGCCCAGGUUGACGCAAUGAACACAGGUAUGGGUGUCCUGAAAGACUCUAAAGGGCCAUUAGUAAAAUAUUUGAACCUAGAGGACUUUACCAUUGAGGAAAGGUUGGAGAUGGAAACUGGUUUCACACCCUCAGGUAACACGUGGCUCAAAAUGAUGAAAUAUACUGCUAGAACGCAUAAAAUGUCUGACUGUGUUAUCUGUGCUAAAGCAAGACCUCAUUUGGGGACAGUACCAUUCCCACUCUCACCUGUGGACGACCUUAUUGGUUAUAAUUGUAUGUUAAGUCUUUACAGUGAUGUGACCAUGGAAAGUGAUGUCUGCAGGACCCUGUCUCUCCUGUAUCCCAGAGUGUGUGCAAUACAACCGCCUCCAGGAGUGGUCGCCUACCCUCGUAACUAUACUUGCAUCACACAACCCGACAGCUCUACCAUGAAUGUGGGACACCUACCAAAGAAGUUUUGUAUGUACACCUACAACACAUCUUCGUUCGUUCCCAAUGUCACACAGUCAAUGUUUAACAAUCAGAGUAAGGGACUCGCUGAUGUCUGGUGGAUGUGUGGGACACAGCCCCGCCUUAGACCAUCCUUACCUGCUAAAUGGGGGGGAACCUGCGCCUAAGUGUCCCUAUUAUUGCCGAUUACCAUGCUUCCUAUUAGCGCAGGGAAGCUAGAGGAGACAGUACAGUCUACCUACCACAAACAUUCCUUGAAGAGGGCUAAAAGAGACACUGACUUGGGUUUUGGUACAUGGGGAGAUCCAAGCACCCCGUUCGGGUCUAUAGAUAGUACGGUGUAUAUAGAUGCAAUUGGAAUACCAAGGGGUGUACCAGAGGAGUUCAAAGCUCAGAAUCAGAUAGCAAAGGGUUUUGAGUCUAUACUGCCCUGGAUAACUACAAACAAGAAUGUGGACUGGAUACAUUAUAUAUACUACAACCAGCAGAGGUUUUUGAACCGGACUAGGGAUGGCCUGAGGGGUGUGUCCGAACAAUUAGCCACCUCCUCACUCAUGGCAUUUCAGAACCGUAUGGCACUGGACAUGUUGUUGGCAGAAAAAGGGGGUGUGUGUUUGGAGAUGCUUGUUGUACAUUUAUUCUCAAUAAUACUGCCCCGGAUGGUAGCAUCACUAGAGCCUUGGAGGGGUUGACCUCUCUAGCCAAUGAACUAGCAGAGAACUCAGGUGUGGCUGAAAACCCCAUCACCAGUUGGCUGGAGGACGUUUUUGGCAAAUACAAAGCAAUUGUGCUCUCCAUGCUUAUGUCCGUGGCAGUGGUUGUGGGCAUAUUGGUGUGUUGUGGAUGCUGUUGCAUCCCUUGUUGUCGCACUCUGGUGAACAGAUGGAUUGAUGUGGCACUGACCAAAAAAGAUCCCCAGAAAGAUGCUCCUCCAGCCUACUCCAUGCUCCUGUUGGGGAUGGAGGAUGGUGAUGAGACUGAUUCGGACAAUGAAGGAAGUGAAUCACCAAUGUAAUGCUAUGCUAUAUUAAUCUUGCUUCUUCUUCCGCUAGUGCGGCCAAUUAUUUACCAGUUUCAGGGCCAUAUAAUCCUAAGCUUAGUAGUAUUCACACCUGAGGUGUGAAAAGGGGGAUCUGUAAGAAAUAAAAAUAAUCAGUCAAGCUGGCUAUGCUUUAUGAGGAUACAAAUCAUAGUUGAAUUAUAGUUG